AUGAAAAUGCAUCCUCCCAACUCCGAUUUUUUUUUCCCCCCUCCGUUUCCUUCUACCCACCCCCUUUCCACUGACUUUCUACCUCAGUUUCUCUCAAUCUCUCUUCCUCUCAGAUAUUUCUGUGGAGGGCAGUAUAUGACCUGGGCUGCAGAAACCCAGCCACCCAUUCCUCUGCAGGAAUUUCUCUCUCUCUCUCUCUCUCUCUCUCUCAUACAGCAUGGCAGAUUAAUUUCUUACCCUCACGCUUCCUUCUGCUGUAUCUGUUCUUUUUUGUCUUUGUUUAUCUUCAUCUCUUCUCUUUCCUCACUCUCUCUUCCUUCUUCUCUAUCUAUAACCCCUUUUCUUUCUAUCUCUUUUUGUUUUAUUCCUCCUUAUUCUUUUUUGUUUUGUUUUUCUCUUAUGCUUUCUCUCCUCUGCUUCGUUAUGUCAUCAUGUAUAGAUUUCAUUCUCUCUCCUUCCCUCUUUCUUAGGGAUAUCAUUUAUUUCCAUUUACCUAUCUAUUGUUUAGUCCUUUACUGUCUCUCUUUCUCUAUUGUCAUUUAUUCUCACACUUUUUCUCUUUCUCUCCCUCUCUGUCUUUUCUCUCUCUCUUUCUGUCUUUCCCUCCCUUUCUUUCUUUCUUUCUUUCUUUUAUUCCAUGUUCAUUUCUUUCUUUUUAUGACAAUUUCUGAUUCUGUCCCUUUCUUCAUUAUCUCUAUUCACUUUCCUCUCUCUCUCUCUUUCAACUAUUGCGUUGUCUUUCCUGCACCCUCCUGUUUCUUUUUCCUGUUAUCUCUUUUCUUCCCUGUAUUAUUUAUUGUCUGUCCCAUUUGUUUUCACUGUUACAUUUUCUCUGCUGAAGCAUAUUUUUUUCUCUCUUUCCUCAAUUUUUCUUUCUCCAUUUUAUCUUAG